AUGAUAGAAUUAGAAUGGAUUAAUGGUAAUGACAAAUAAAGGUUGAUUAAAUGACAUAUAAUUACAUUAAUUAAUUUAAAUAAUAUUUAUGAACAUCUUAAAUCAAAAAUAAGUAUAGGAAGUUUACAGAAACAAUAUGCAAAAUUCAUAAUCUUGAAUUAAUUGCUGUUGAUUUCGAUUUAUCAGAUAAGGCAUAGAUCUAAUUCUUUUGUGGUAAAUGUUUAGUUGAGAAAAUGAAUAACUAUAAAGUGACUACUAUUGAGUCAUCAAAAGAGAGAAUCCAAUAAGUGAAGACCUAAUAAAAAGAAAUCAAAACUAAAGAGAAUCAAGCAAGACUCAGCUAUUAUAAAAAUAUAUUAGAUUAAAUUAUGGAUUUCAAGUAAUCAAUUGACGAUUCUUUGGAGAAGAUGUAUAAAUAAAUAUAAUAAUACAUAUAUCCAAUUUAAAAAGAAAAGUAAGAAUUAUAAGAAUUUGAAUAAUAAUUAAAUUACUUCGAAGAUAUUAAAUAGCUAUCUGAAUUGUAUUCUUAAGAAUAAUAGAAAUCGCCUAAAUUAAUAGAAGAUAAUCAUUUUAUAAAUGAAAUACAAAGACAAUUUGAACUCUUAUUAAAUAGUUCUGAAUACUUCUAGACAUUAGAUACAUUUAAGCAUACAAAAGAAACAAUUAAAGAUAUUAUGGAAAAUAAUGUAAUUGAAUUAAUUCCUUCAUUUAUAACUAAAAAUGAUUCUGUAUAUUUUAUAUAGUAUUAAUAGAAAACACCAAGUUUAAGUAGAAUUUGUAGUAUUCAUAAAAAGGAGAUAAUUUUGAUUGAUAUGGAUUCAGAUUCAUAGAAUAAGAAAAUAGAAGAUAGAUUUGCAUGUGUUGAUUGUAUUUGUGAGAAUCCAUAAAUAAAAUAUUAAAGUAUUGAAAAUGUGGAUAAGUAAUGGAAAGAAUUUAACACAGAAAGUGAAAGGGUAUUAAAAGAAUACAAAAAUGAAAGCAAAGAGAAAAAGACUGAAUUAUUUAAUUAAAUAGCACAUAUGAGAAAGAAUUAUAAUAAAAAAUUGAAUGAAAUAAGUGAUAAAUUGAUUGCAGAAUAGUUCUUAUGCAUAGAUAAAACUAAAUAAUCAAAUCAAACAAAAAAGAUUUCAAUUUAAGCAUUAGGUGAAGAAUAAUUACUGAAGGAUUUAAAAUAAUUAAUUGAAAAAGAAAAGGAUAAAGAAAAAGUCUCAUAAAGUCAAAUAAUUAUAAAUUUGAAAAAUAAGGAUUAGAUAUUCAAAAAGGACAUUCAAUUACAUUUAGAAUCAUUACAAUAAUAUGACUAAUAGGAUAUUUAAUAAUCAUUAGAUAUACUAAAGGAUAUUUCAAGUAUCAAAUUUCUAUUUUUUUAGUCGAAAAGAAUUUAAUCAUUUAACUGAUUGAUAUGAUCUAAGAAAUGUAAAAAUGUGCAUAAAAAGAUGAAAACUAUUAAAACCAAAUGAAUUUUAUCAAAGAAAUUUAAGAGUUGAUUGAUUAAGCCAAAAAAUAUCAAUGUUAAUUAAACCUAUUUGACUAAACUAUUAUGGUUUAUUAGUAACAUGUAGAGAAGAUAGAAUACUUUAAAUAAAAUAUAUAGACUAAAUCCUAAGAUU